CGGAGUAUUCAGAAUUCACACUCUUUGGCUGCUCCUUUACCAAUAAUAUUCAAUGCCAACAACAAAUGCUUGCUGACCAACCUAUCAUUGACCAUUUCCCCGCAUUAUUUUUAUGAACAUUUGACAACCAAAUCCAGUUUUUAAAUAUCAGGAGUUCUCACAUCACUUUCUUCCCCAUUUGUCCAAUCCUUCAACUGAAAAUUACACCCAAUUCUUCAUUUUUUAAACUCCAAAUUUGGGUGAGAGUUCUUUCUCUGAUUUUUUCCCCUCAUUUUAAACCCCACUUUGAAGGAUUUAUGGUUGUUUCUUUAGUUCUUGACAUUCUUAUAGCGUUUUUAAGUGGCAAAUAAGCUAGUGUAUUAAGUUUUUUUAGUUGAUAGAAUCAUAAAAUUCUGGGUUUUGGUUGGCAAGAUUUGAACUUUUUGUGGAUAUGGUGUUGGUCUUUUCCUUCUGUUUGAGCAGCUUUUAAGCUUUUUUGGCUUAAAAUGGGUUCUGGGCCAAUUUUGUCUACGAGGCUUUCUGGAAAUGAAGAUGAUGUGGAAAAUGGUAUAUUGGGAAAAGAGAAAGAUAGAACAUUGCGAACUAGCAAAUCUCUUAAGAUACCUAACCAGGCCUUAUUGUCUGGGACGGCUUACUGCAUUUCGUCCUGCAGCAUGAUACUCAUUAAUAAAUUUGUCUUGUCCAGCUACAACUUCAAUGCUGGUAUAUCUUUAAUGCUGUACCAGAACUUUGUUUCAGUAAUCAUUGUGUCCACAUUGUCCGUUUUGGGUGUUGUAUCUACAGAGCCCUUGACAUGGAAGUUAAUUAAGGUCUGGAUACCUGUGAAUGUCAUCUUUGUUGGGAUGCUUAUUACAAGCAUGUUCAGCUUGAAAUACAUUAAUGUUGCAAUGGUCACAGUCCUCAAGAAUGUCACCAAUGUAAUGACUGCCGUUGGCGAGAUGUAUCUUUUUCAGAAACAUCAUGAUAACAGAGUUUGGGCAGCUCUUUUCUUGAUGAUUAUUUCAGCCAUAUCUGGAGGAAUCACAGAUCUAACCUUCCAUGCUGUUGGCUAUACGUGGCAAUUUUUCAACUGCUUUCUUACUGCUUCAUAUUCCUUAACAUUACGACGUGUCAUGGACACAGCAAAGCAAGUCACCCGAUCAGGAAACUUGAACGAGUUUACAAUGGUUUUGUUAAAUAACACUCUCUCAUUGCCUUUGGGUCUUCUGCUUAUUUUCAUAUUCAACGAGGUGGAUUAUUUGUAUGAAACCCCGCUUCUGAAGCUGCCGAGCUUUUGGUUGGUGAUAACACUAAGUGGGUUUCUCGGCCUGGCUAUCAGCUUUACUUCUAUGUGGUUUCUUCAUCAAACAGGAGCUACUACUUACAGCCUGGUGGGUUCUCUCAACAAAAUCCCUCUCUCAGUUACUGGCAUACUUUUGUUCCAUGUUCCAACUAGCUUGCAGAAUUCUACAAGCAUCCUUUUUGGUCUUUUAGCUGGGGUGUUCUUCGCUCGAGCAAAGCUCAAGGAAAAAUCUCAGUCGGGAUAGUUCAUUGGAAUCCCAACUCAACGUGUAGUUAAUUGAUUAAAAUCGUAUCUCGGGCUAAUGAGUUGAGCAUCCUUUCGAGAGGAACUAAUGAAGAUCGAUCAUAUAUUCGUUUGUACAGGUUAGCUAAGUUUGUAUAAUGAAGGAAGAUGCAUGGUUGCUUCAUCGAUUGCUGCUCGAAUACAAUGUUCUCUUAGUAUAGUAUAGUUUAAGACACUACUUGUGUCCUGGCCCUAUCUUUUCACAUCUUUGAUCAAGUAUCUCUAGUUUGUUUCUUUCUGAGUGUUGUUGUGAACUUGUGAUUAAUCCUUUGGUAUUUUUGCCACAAAGGAAGUUUGUAAAAGAAUUGAAUGGUCGAAGACCAGUGUGAAUGUAAUCACAAGUUGAGCUAUUUCAGCCAAUCAAGGAAGUAAAAAGUUGACAUGUUCUCAGUUCAAACUCA